CCACUAGAUGUCAGUAGAGACAAGGCUAUGUGCUGUUCAAAUGCUCAGACGUGAUAAAUCGAGUCAGAUAGCGCUAGGGGCAGCUAAUCCAUCCCUGAUAUCAGGCUCAGUGACACCCGUGGUAGUGCAUGUGUCACCUUGUCUUUCCGGGAGUAUGUCGGCUCUGUUUAGGGCAACGAGAGCGGUCACCUGCCUCCCAAGGGUUUCCCGCCACCCGAGAGCGGCAGUUAGCUUUGUCAGACGCUGUGUUACACUGCAGUGUAAUACAUGUUUUAGCCUAAAAGUCCAAUCUGUCCCCAGAAUGGUUGGCAUAGCUAUAAGCCGAGGAACUGGAACUCUGUCAAGUACCAGUACUUUGGAUGAAACUACCUAUGAGAGGUUGGCAGCUGAUACAUUGUAUUCCCUUGCUGAGUUCUUUGAGGAUCUUGCUGACCAGCCAUUCACACCAAGUGAUUAUGAUGUCUCUUUUGGGAAUGGAGUUCUAACAGUUAAAGUUGGAGGAAACAUUGGAACUUAUGUAAUCAAUAAACAGACUCCAAAUAGACAGAUCUGGUUGUCUUCCCCCACAAGUGGACCUAAAAGAUAUGACUGGACUGGAAAAAGUUGGGUGUAUUCACAUGAUGGUGGAUCUCUUCAUCAGAUUUUGGAACAAGAACUUUCUCUUGCGCUGAAUGCUACACUUGACCUAUCUCACUUGGUAUAUUCAUCCUGAUGGGCAGUUUAUAGACUUUCGUGGACCAUUAAGUGAAGGCCUCUUAUAAAGGACAGCUAUACAUUUUAUUAUUUGUGACCUCGAUCACAAAAUCAUCUGACGUUAUGGCAUGGUCUAAAUAGCCAUUUGUUUAAAUCCCAUUUUUUACAGCUGAAUUCCUCUGUGUUGUAAUGAAAUGUUUAUUAUUAUAAACUAUAUUUAAUCAUU